UGAUGGGUAGAUUGAUUUUUAUUAGUAAGCCUGGUCCAAGUCAACUCAUUUCAGGGUAGAUACCUGAUUUAGCUGGAAAGGACGAUACCAGUAAAGAAGACAACGGACGGGUAAAGGUUAAAUAUAUUGAUCAUUUUUCGUUUUCAUCUCGUUCCGAUAUAAAGAUGAUGAAGAAUCGUUUUUCCUCUUUAUGGAAAAAAAUUUUUCCCUUUCCUAUUUAUGCGGGGAAAAUUUCUCACACUGCUCUUCCCAUCUAGUGUUGGGGAUAUUUGUAAAAAUUUGAUGUUUUUAAUAAUAAUUUGAUAACAUUGGGUUUAGAAAAUAUGUAUAUAUUUACUUAUCUCUUAUUAUAGAGAUUUUAAUUAUCUCUUAUUUUUUAUUGGGGAAUGUCCUCUUUACUGAUUGGAUCUCAUGUAAGCUUAUUUGAAUUAUUAAAUUUUAUUUUAAAACCUAACAGCAACCAAAGGAGCUCAUCUACGAUACAAAAUGUUUUGACCUAGAAAUCAGUAGAAAUGUGUUGGCUGACGCGGUUGUGACAGGAGACAUUUUUGUAAGUAAAGGUGAUAGAUCCAAGUGUUUGCUAAUAACAGUUAAAUGCACCUCUGGUGAGAUUUAUCGCAUAUCAUUAAAAUUCAUAGGAAUUCUAGACCAAGCAGCUCUCUUUCAAUCAAACAGCAGGAAGAAGGUAGACAUCUUAUUAUGUAAGUAAUUAGUGGUAAUGGCUCUCCAUCACGCCAAGUUGCAACUGUUAAUGUACUUUUCUUCCUGGUUGAACAGAGAGAGGAAUAUUAAUGAGUCAACGUAAGUGCCAAAGAGGGAUUCGACUUUUCUAGCCUUUAAACCUCUACGUUUAGUGUUGACUCUGAAUACGGAGAUAAUUGGCAAAUCAAAGAGAGCUAAAUCUUGGAAGCCUCUACAAAAAUGCUGAAGUCGAGACAGCCAUUCUUCAUUCUCAUUCUCCUCGGUUUAUGUUUACAGCUUUUUACUUACUUCUCUUAUGCCGACGUUGGAACGGCUGCUUGGUAUGCUCCCCCAUAUUUACCUACAGCAUGUUAUGGUAACGAUCAAAGCCAGUUUCCAUCGAGCAAUUUGUUUGGAGCAGCGGGAGAAGGGAUAUGGGACAAUGGGGCAUCAUGUGGAAGACAAUAUUUGGUAAGAUGCAUCAGCGCCGCGGAGCCGAACACUUGCUUGCCUGGUUUAACCAUACAAAUCAAGAUUGUUGAUUAUGCUCUUCAAUCUGUCUCUCCUCCUUCUCGCUCUGGCACCACCAUUGUUCUCUCGCAGGCCGCCUUUGCCGCCAUAACCAACUCCUCUUCCACCGCCACUUCCAUCAAUAUUGAAUUCCAACAGGUUUGACAUUACUGGAAGUACUUCAUUUUUGGAGAAAGACAUAAUCUGCAGUCAAAGCUCCUGUAUUCUCAUUCUCAGAAUGGUAUUGAUUUUAGACCAUUUCAUCCAUUUUUAUGUAAUAUUAUUAUUCUGUGUAAUAAUUCGUGAUAUAUGCCAAAUUCCAGAACCUUAUGAUUGGUUGGCUGCUA